CCCGCCAAAAAAUAUCAAAGACUGGGGCAGUGGGCAUUGGCUUGAGACGAGCUUGUCUCCUGGUUGACGAUCAUCUAAUAUUGGAAAAGAACAAAAUUCUACGGCAGCUAAUCCUCUGGCAUAAGUCGAAGACAUAAAAAGCCUGCUAUACCAUUAAACUUCGUCUUGAACCAACCCAUAUCUCAUCACCAACAACAUCCCUUCAUCAUGCCGUUCCCAGAGACUCUCAACGCGAAACCCCGCGUAAUCUUCUUCACCGAUUUCGACGGCACCAUCACUCUCCAAGACACCAACGACUUCAUCACUGACAAUUAUGGCAUGGGCUACGAGCAACGCCGUAGUCUCUUCCACGCCGUCAUCGACCACAGCGACAGCUUCCGCAACACAUUCCAAAAGAUGCUCGACUCCUGGAAGAUGCCGUUCCCCAAUGUCCUCGAGAUUUUACGGGACAACAUCUCCCUGGACCCGUACUUCAAGGAAUUCAUGGUGUGGGCACGCGCGCAUCAUGUCCCCGUGAUCGUACUGUCCAGCGGCAUGAUCCCCGUGAUCGAGACCCUCCUAAAACACCUGCUCGGCGAGGAACUCAUGCAGGACAUUGAGAUCGUGGCCAACGAGACCCAACUCCGCGCGCCAGGCAACAGCCUCGACAAAGCAGACGGCUGGACCAUCAAAUUCCACGACGACUCCGGAUUCGGCCACGACAAGUCCCUCACCAUCCGGCCGUACGCGGAUGCCAUCGCUAAAAUGCCCCAUGACGAGCGACCGACGUUGCUGUACGCUGGAGACGGGGUGAGUGAUUUGAGCGCCGCGCGUGAGACGGAUCUGCUGUUUGCGAGGGCUGGCCAGGAUCUCAUCACGUACUGCGAAAACGAGGGCAUUCCCUUCACCGAGUUCGAGAGCUGGGAGACCAUCCUCAACGAGACAAAGGACAUUUACGAGGGUGAGGUGACGGUCAAGAAGGUCGCCGAAGAAGGAUUGAAGAGGCACAGGACGAACUCGCUCGAGCAGAAUGGGCAUAUGCGUCCGACUGUCAGAUAGACAGUGCUGGAUUCGUAGCGGCAUCAACUGAGCGUUCCGAGAAAAGAUAGACUUUUAGCGAUAGAUAGACAUCAAGACAUGUGAUGACAAGAUAGCCAUGACGCAAAAAUGCCAAAAGGUAAAUCAUGAGCAU